AUGCGGCAUGUGAUGGUUAUAAAUUCUAGCGCUUCAGAGGUUUCUAAGCUAAAAGAGGACAGGGAAAGAGGAAAUGGAGUUAUUACUUAUGGGUCAGUGAUCAAGUUGAUGCAUGAGAGAACAAAGUUUAGGCUGCAUUCGCAUGAUGUACCAUAUGGCUCUGGUAGUGGGCAGCAGUCCGUCACUGGUUUUCCCAACGUUGAUGACUCAAACAGCUAUUGGAUUGUUAGACCUGUAUCAGAUACCAAUGCCCAACAAGGGGAUACAAUCAAAGGUGGUACCAUCAUCAGGCUGCAACACAUGAGGACCAGAAAAUGGUUACAUAGCCACUUGCUAAAUGUAAGUCUUACUAUGAUGCGUAUUGCUGUUAUGCCGUAUGCAAUUAAUCUUCUUAUCAGUAAAUAG